UUUUUGUUUUCUCAGUUUGUCUUUGGCGUUUGGCGUUGCACUUUUUGAUGUCGUACUCAUGGUAAAGCCAUCUAAAAUUUCUCAUUUGCUAGGAAGUUGACAGCCUGGCAAUUUAAUUGAUAAACUAUCAUCACUUACCAUGAACUUCGGCAACAAAGAAGCAGGCAGCAGCUUCCGGGCUGCGUGCAAGAAGUGCGGUUACGCGGGACACCUGACCUUCCAGUGUAGGAAUUUCCUCAAAGUGGACCCAAGCAAGGAAUUGGUCCUGGAUGUUAGCAGCACAUCGUCAGACAGCGAGGAUGAGUACGUGACUCCACUUACCGUGCUGAGGCAUCAGGAGGUCACUGAUGUACAGCGAAAACAAUCUGAAAGCGAGACUAAGAAAUCGAAACGAAAGUCCCGGAAGAAGUGCAAGGAGGCUGAGGAGGAGCGCAAGAAGAACAAAUCUAAGAAGAAGAAGUCAAAGAAGAAAAGGAAGCGUUCAUCUAGCUCAAGCAGCAGUGAUUCAGAUUCCUCUGAAUCCUCGAAGGAAAGGAGUAGAAAGAGGUCGCGAUCACCCACCAGGACAACCUCAAAACACAAAAGCAAAAGAUCGAAAAAGAGGAGAAAAAGCAGCAGUUCUAGCAGCAGCAGUGAUUGAUGACUUGAUAAAAGGCUAUGUAAAUUUUAAAAUAAGUGGAAUCUGUGCAGUCAAGUGUGUUGUUGCGAGUAAUUUGCUCAGAUGCCUCACUUAAAGCAUUUUCCCCAACCAACUUGAAGCAAGUUUCCAUCUUUUAUUGUAUAGGACAAUUUUCAUUUCUCAACAAGGUAAAUUUUAAUAAAGUCCCCUCUGUUUAACAUUCUGGAAAGGGUUGAAGGAAUAACAUAUUCAUCUUCAAGUAUAAUUUCCAUGAAUGAAUCAACAAGGAGGUGAACAAUUAACUACAAA